UUCUCAGGUUUGUUGGAGUCACUUGAAGCACUUUUAAACCUUAUUUUUGUGAGCAUGCGCAGAGCAAGGCUGCUUACUAAACGCAUAGUUGAGUUUUCGUGAAAGAUUCAGCUCAUAGGGUCUGGUUGCACGAGUGGGUGAGGUCUCUCAGGCGCAGUUCAUGAGAGUUUUGGGCUGUGAUUUGCAGUGAUAUAGUGAACUGGAGGGCUGCAGAGCUCCUCACAGUGGACAGUCAAUUACAAUGCAUAAAAUGCCUCCACUGUACGCGCAAUCCCGAGCAAGAGUCUCCGCCAACACUCUUCAGCGCUGGCGAAACACGCACUUUUAAAGGGAGUUUACCAUAACAGAAGAAAAGAUGCCCUUCUGCAAGAGGACUGUAGUCCCUAAAGAUGUGUGCAGAAGCGGCGGCAAGAGUCGCGGUGCGAUGUUCACGGAUCUGGUGGAUGUGUGCGGCUUGACUCUGUGCGCGGUACUCCGGCAGCUGUCGGAUUUAUCCCGUCAGUCGGUGAGCAUCCUGGAGGAGCUGGAGGGAGAGCUCGCCUCCAUCUGCUACCGCUCCGGAGCUCUGGAGAAUAAACUUAUCAGCCUGCAGAAACACAUCUCAGCACUGGCCACCAAGCCGCCGCUCAAAACCGCCACCAACUUGGACUCGGAGAGCAAACGAACGGCCCACUUCCAAUCGUCAUGGCAACAGCAUGUGAAUGUGUUCGGCUCGUGGAGUAGGCCGGAGUGUGUGCAGGAACUGCACCAGGAGGCUCAGCUGAACCUACAGAGUCUGCUUCAAGAUUUUGAGGAGCAGUUGUAUGAUAACAGAGUGACAGGACAGACAUUCAGACACCCUUCCUCUCAGAGCUCGGAGGACACUUCAACCACUCUCAGCCGAUCCCCUUCCUCGCUCAACAACAAGAAGACGGAGUUCGUUUUUGUGCCUGCAAAUAAGCAGGUGUGUGAGGAUGAGACUACAACUUUAGGGGUUCGGGCGCAGGACCCGACCCCCUGCGGUUCAGAGAAGUCCCUUCUUGGCUGGAAUGCCUCACUGAGUCCAGCUGUUGCAGUGAAACCUCGCUGGUACCUGGGCCGACAUACUCCAGCUCACCUUGUACCCAUUGAGAUCACAGGCCAGAGCUUUGAUAAGCACUCCGCACGGCACAGCGAACUGCGGGCCCCCUUUAGAACUGAUUCAGCGGUCAACCCAAAAACCGUUCGCCGCCCAAGGAGUGUGGUUGCAGGCCCUGAUGUCACGCUGCACUGCCAAGGUGACAGCAAAAUUCUUGCUGUUGAUCUAAUACAAGGUGCCUGUUCCCCUGGAUCCUCUCAACCCAGAUCUUUGGAGCCCACCACCGAAAACACGGGCCAACAGCAUAUUCCCCUUCGGAAGACCCAGAGCGACCUGGAGUACAGUGUUCCCCCAUCCCCGAAGACCCCAUCAGGCAUGAUGGAUCAUGCCACUCUGAUGUGCCCAAGCCCCUCCUGGAAUGGCCCAAAAGGUUCCACUUUCUCUCCUUCCUGGAAUGACACCUACAACUAUGCUUUGGUUACGAGCUCUGCUUCCAAGCAGCCAAUUUCUAAAACUGGAAUGUUAACACCUGGAGGUGAAGGAGGUGGUCUAAUGUGUCCAUCCCAGACCAGUUCAGGCCUCUCCAUGAGCUCAGGGUCACACUCCAGUUCUUUCACCUCCAUCUCGGAACCAUGUGGGCACCGGGUGUACAGUGUGUUCACACAGGGGAGUGGGGUUGCCAUAGGGAAACGGAAUGACACAGAGGGGGCUUCCACUGCAGUCACGGGAAAUACCAAAAGUGAGCAGGAGAAGAGAUCAGCCCGGUCCAAUAUAUUCAGGUUCCGUGAACGUUCACUUUCAACACCAACAGACUCUGGAUCAUUUUGCUCAGCAGAUAAUAUAUGUUCCCCAGGUGAGGCUGUCCCUGUCGUUCCAGAGGGUGAGAGUUAUGCCCUGCUAUAUCCGAGCAAUAGCUCGGAGGAUAGCACGAGCACUGAUAACGUCUCUGUCACCACGGGUUCAGACUUUUUUCCAGAUAGUCGACUGAGGUCCCGCUCACGCAGUAUCUCACUAAAGAAAUCUAAGAAAAAGCCACCGCCUCCAGUACGUAGUGUAUCCCUGAUGAAAAACCUAUCAGAGGUUGGAGGAAUGGGCUCCUACCACAGUGAAGGGCGUUUCAGGGAUGGCAGACCCAAGAGUCUCUUUAUCCCUCGAGAUCACCAUAUUCAAGAUUCAUUCCAGCCUGAGUUCCUGAUUGUCAAACCUGAGGACGACACAGAUCAAGCCCACAGUAGUUUGGAGACAUCUUCUGAUAUUUCUCAGCCUGCUGACAGGGAAACAGAGCUUGGAUUUCCUCCUCACUGGCAGCUCAAUGAGUGGAAGUCCAACAAUGAUCCCUACCGAUCACUGUCAGGUUCAAGCACAGCCACAGGUACCACAGUGAUUGAGUGCAUGAAGGUGCGGGGCAGCUCAGAAUCCCUGAAUUCACCCUCAACCUCACGAGCCACGUCUCCAUCCCAGCUCUCAAUUGAGGCUGAGACCAAGGUAUCCCCCUUCAAGCCCCCAUGUCUCCUGUCUCCAUCCAGUGGCUACUCAAGCCAGUCUGAAACUCCAACCCCAACUAUAUCAAACACCCUCAUCACUGGACCUUCUCCAGUUGGCUGCAAGAUGCGGCCAAAGAUUCCAGAGCGGAAAUCUUCCCUCCCAGCUUCUGCAAAGGAUAAAUCACGGUCACGUCUUUCAUUUGAACUACCUGCAAACUCUCAACUGGAUUUGUCCUCUGUCAAACCCAAGCCUAAAGCCAGCCGACGCCAUUCUGACACAUCUACAGCCAACAAACCAGGUAAACUGAGCCCCAGUCAGUCUUCUCUGCCUAUGGUUACCACAACAGACUUGCGAAACAUCCGCCUUCGUUCAGUAAGCCGCUCAGAACUUGAGGACAGUCCUGAUGGCUCUUCUGACAUUAUAGAGGAAGAGCAAAUUCGAGAUCUCAGCCCUCCUAUCACCCCCUCUAACACAAAACAGUCAAAGCCACCAGUUGCAAUGAAGCCGCCUCUACCUAAACGACCCAUGAAUUUGAUGCUUAAAUCUCCCUCAUCCUCCCCUCUGGCACCUGAAUCUCCUCCAUCUUCCCCUGUGGACCGACCCAUGCCUGUGGGUAACAUCUAUAUGGUUGUAAGAAAGCCCAAACCUAAACGACCACCUCAGUCAUCACUCAGUACAUCUGCAAUAGCCCCUCAAGAGCCACUCCGCAGCUAUGUACCUCCUCUCCCCGAGUUUGACCUGGAGCAUGGGAUUCCCAUUGAGGAAGAUCUUCCAUCCCCAAGUAGCCCAGAGAGAGAGAACAAAAGUAAGACCCUUCCAAGUAGAAUGACAAUAUCCUGUUUAGCAGAAUUAGACAAAAGAAAGCCUAAGGUACCUCCUCCAGUGCCCAAAAAACCCAAUGUCCUUCUUCUGCCCUCUCCAAGCAGCCAGACCAAUGGCGGUGCAGAGAGGCAAACUCUACUUUCCGAUAGCAUCUCCCAGUCACCUACAAGUCCAUCAGCAUCUGAGAUUGAGGGAGAUUUGCUUAAAGAUGAAGAUCAAGAUGAUCCUGCAAAACUAAUUUUACAUGGAAACCAUAAAUAUUCUGAAAGUUAUGAGACCUUUGAAAAUCAGGAGACAGAUGUGGUAGUUGAAGAGAAUAGUUCAAAAGAUUCAGGUUCUCAACAAAUUAUGGAAAGAGAGACACUUCCAGCAGAGACAGUAAAAGAAACUUAUGCAGAAACAGAAAUAUUGGAAGAGAACAACGCUGCAGUUGACAAGACCGAACUACACAUUACAGAGGAAACAGACGACGAUGUAUCUGUCCACACACCCACAACUCAUACCACUGAGGACCUCUUCACCAUCAUUCAUAGGUCAAAGAGGAAAGUUCUAGGUCGCAAGGAACCAACAGAUUCUUUUGGAAGCAGGCAGUGUCUGGUCUCACCCGUGAAAAACAGUAGCACAGACCUCCGAACUCUGGGCCUCGGGACCACACCUAGGUCAAGCUCACGAAAUGAAAACUUUAUGGCUCUUCUCCAGAAGAGGAGCAGCAAAGCCAGCAGCGGGACCCGAGUUUCUGCCAUGGAGUUGCUGAAGAGCACAAACCCCUUGGCACGACGAGUCACUGAGUUCUCUCAGUCACAACCAGAAGGGAGCGUGUCAAACACACCAAAACCAGCUCAGCAGGACCAGUGAUUCCAUUUGUCGAGAACCACAUGCUGGCUAUCAAUAUGGCUGGUUUUCCCUAUGCUCCACUGCCCAUCUAAACGGUUUAAUUUACAAAGACCUCAUGCUGAAGGAAAUUAAGUGGGUUUGAGUUGUUGCUUUCAGACAAGGGGAUCACACUGAUGAUGUAAUGUGGAGUAUAGUCAGUAUUAAAGGAAACUGAACCCAUCACUGAAACAAAAUUCUGGCAUAGAAAUCUGCUAUUUUGGAAAUAUGAAUGCGAUGAUGAAACUCUUGAAUGGAAACUGCAUCAAGAAAUAUUUUCAACACUGUUCACUAUUUUAGGAGCCCAGCCUAUAUUUGUGGCCAAAGCCUGCUCUGCCCAUUUCAGUGGUGGACUAGAAAGUGUCUUAGUAGGAUAAUUGUGUUUUAAAAGACUGCACAAACUCGCACAGAGAGAGAAACAUUCCACAGAGGUUGUAAGCAAGGUCUGGUACCCCUAAAAAAUGAAGCACUUUCACCAGUACAGGAACUAGUUUACAUGACAAAAAGCUAUAUUUGUUAUUUUCCCUAGUUUCUUUUUCGGUGUUAUUUUUUCAAAAGAUAUGAAAGGCCAUAUAAAUGUCUUCUUGAGUUUAUUUAAUCUGUACAAAACUAUGUAUACGACAUAUAAAUAAAUAUAUAUAUAUAUAUAUAUAUAUAUAUAUAUACGAAAAUGUAACUGCUUGAUCAAAGACGCAAGGGACACAAAGCUGUCCAUAUCUGUGACAAUUCUUAGGAAACUGCCUAUUAUUUUAUAAGCUCACAGCACACAAUGGAUUGAAGUGGUCAUAUAAACCAUCAUCAUGCAAUAUACAUGAACCACAUCUAACGAUCUUCCCACACUAACAGAAGUGUAAACAGACAGCAUAUAGCUAUGAUUGUGCCCAAUAUACAACAAAUCAAAAUUGACAUAGACAAAACAUACCUUAGAAAAGAACAUUUGUGGACGGUACAAAAUGAGGGAAUAACACAGUAAGUGGGAGACAAAGGAAAGGACACCGGGCUACAGAAGA